ACGUAGCCAGGUCGAUCCACCGGCGACCAUGCCAUGCGUCGAUCGUGCGCGCGCUCCUUGUUAUUCAAAACAACCCCUUGGUUGAAGAUAGACAAGCUACCAUAAGUUCAAAAUUCGUUCAUUAUCUGGGUCUGUAUAAAGCAUGGGGUUUGUGGGAUGGGUGCCGAGUUAUUGCUGCGUCUUGGUGCUGUUGCUGAGCGUAACGGAAGAGGCAAGGCUGAACGUGCCGCGACUUUUGCUUCCGCACCUUGUCGAAGUCGCCUCAAAUUACACCCUUCACCUAGUGAAUGUGGAUGAGCGCAGCUGCUAUGAGUGGCACUCAAGCCGACCUGAGGUGGCCACCGUGGCCACGCAGGGCAACUGCUCGCAGCAUGCGACAGUAUCAGCGGUAUGGGGCCAGCCUAGGCGACAGACGGCCACAGUGUUGGCACGUGAAAUGAGCACUGGUGAGACGCUGCGCUGCGAUGUUAUCAUCGACCAGGUGGCCUCGCUGAAGAUGUUGACCACGACACGAGUGCUGCUGCUUGAGGACUCGCCCGAGCUUCUUGAAGUGCAGGGCUUAACCCACCAAGGGGACACCUUCUCCUCCAUAGAGGGCAUGUCCUUUGACUGGAGCCUGCAGCAGCAAGAACCUGUGCUCAGGUUUGUGCCCGUGUCCGAGUGGCCAUACGAACUGCCGAGCCCCGGACUUCUCUUGUGGGAGUCGAGGGGCUACCGUGGCUGGGCGGUGCUGCUGGAGGGCAGGGCAGCGGGCACUGCACGACUGUCAGUGCGCCCCCUGCACACAGCAUACAAGCACUUGGCAACCCAAGAUCUUGAGCUCCGGGUGGUGGACAGCGUGCAGCUCGACCCCUUGGCUGUGUACCUGCUCCCUGGCUGCCAGGCCUGCUUCCGGCUGCAGCGACUCAUGCAGGGGCGCCCACCAAGCCCUGUGGCCCCAUCGGACCGAUACACCCAACGUAUCGAGGACAGCCGGGUAGCACGACUUACAGGUCUGUGCGUGUUGGCCCAAAGACUGGGUCAAACACAGCUGCUGCUGACCAAUGCACACCUGUCCGUGGAUGGCCGUCAGCCGUCUGCUGAGGUGCACGUCGUCAAACCAAGCUACUUGCGCUUCUCUGUGACCCCAGGAGAUGCCUGGAUGCUUGAGCGUCAUGCCUGGUACUGGGUGCAGGUGCAGCUUUUUGAUGAGCAGCAUCAUCAGAUCCAUGCCAGUGAGGGUCUCAAUGUAGAUGUGCAUUUCUCGCCAGACUAUUUCAAGGUGGAAGACUCCACGGAAAACGGCACACUUCACUUCGUGCGCACCCUUCUGUCCGGCCGCACCGUGAUUCGGGCAGAGCUGGUGGGUUGCCGGCUACCGGACGGGUCGCUGUCACCAGCCACGGCAUCGGGAGAGCAGUCAGUGUCCAUCCAAGACCGGCUGGUAGUACAACCCGACGAAGUUUGGCUGCUCUGGGAGCCCGAGGAGCAGCCAGUGUACACUGUAGAAGCACACGCCUACGAAGGCACCGGAGCUCCCGUGCGAUGGCAGCUCGACCAAGAAGCACCAGCAUGGGCCACCAUCGAGGGUUCCGCUUUGGGACCAUCGGCCACAGUGAUAACUCGGGGAGGUCCUGGCCAGGUACACCUUGUGGCACGCGACAGCCACUUCACCCCUGCUACUGUGCGGAUAUUAAUCGUCCCUGUCGUCGAGCUGGAGGCCCAUGGUGCUCCUGCGCUCGAGGCGGAGCUACCCGCCGGCGACCUGAAGGUGGCCAUUGCUAUGCAUGGUCGUGAUCCCGAGAACCAAAAGCUGAGGCUGUUCGACAACUGCAGCCAGGUGCCACUCGCCAUUGAAGUUCUGGACAAGGGAGUUCUCAAACCUGUGCCAGACGUGGUGCGAGGAGGUCCACCUGUAGGGCGUGGCUGCACGAGUGUUCGGGUGCAGUGCCAGGCCGCUGGGCACGCGCGCCUGAAACUGAGCUACGGCACAUUGCAAUCCACCUUGCUGCUUGGCUGCUACGAGCCCCUGCAGGCUGUGCACCCAGUGAAGAGUGUUGCAGUUGCCUAUGGGUCCUACAAGGAGGUGGCCUUUGAGGGGGGCCCCCGGCCCUGGCCCUUGCUGCCUACAGGCCACCGCGUGCAAUUGUCACCGAGCGCUGCUGACCCAGUGACCAUCAUGCGCCUCAUGGAUCCUUUCCACAAAAACAAAGACCUACACGUCUUUCGGGUGCUGUGUCGGGGACUCGGUGAAACGGACCUGAAGCUCAUAGUGGGCAACAAUGCGUCGGCCACCUUGCUACGCCCAGCCACCAGCCAGAAUUCCAUCAGGUUUGCAUGUUCCGUACCUGCAUCUGUGGAACUUCGGCUGAGUUCGUCGGCGUCAUGCCCAGAGAACAAGGUGCCAAGCAUUGGUGGUCCCCUAGAGGUGGAGCUUGUUGUGCGGGAUGUUGAUGGCCGGCAACUAGCCAACAUAUCAUCUCUGGACGUGCUGUGGGAACUGUCGAACCACACUCUGGCCAAGUUGGCCAACGGCUGGGACGUGACGAGCCACUUGGACAGCUCAGCUGGUUACCGUCAUGUUGUCCGGGACUUUCAGGUUCUGCAGCCGCAAGGGAAGACUGGAUUGCUCACGUUGACGGCAACAGUGCUUGGCUUCAACGCCCAGGUGCUGCAACAGGAAGGCUUGCACCAACACAAGAUGCAGACUGUGAGCGGCUCGUUGCAACUAGAGCUGGUGGAAGCUGCCCGCCUGUCGAGCAGCAGCGUGCGGAUGCUUGCACACCCAUCCCAUCAGGUGAAUGUGAGCAUACUGGAUGGCUCGGGCCACUUUGCACUGGACGGUGCAGACGGCAUUCCCGUGGCAGGACUAACAGUAUCGCAUAGACAGCUGCAGCUGCACGGCUUGAGGGAGGGUCAUGUUGAGGUCCACGUGCGUGACCUCUGCCUGCCUCGGGCCCCUGCAUUGCCGCUGCACGUGUCGGUCGUGUGGCCCGGCCAACUGAGGCUCGUGCUGUCCUCCCCUCACGUGCAAGUUGGCGCUGAAGUGGAAAUCACGGUGCACCUGGAGGACACGGAGGGCAAGCCGUUGUCUGCUUCGCUGGCCCUUGUCGACCAGACCGUGGGCCCUUUGUCCCUGCGGCCCCUGGAGGAGGGCCGCAACUGCCGCCGCUUUGCUGUUCGCGGCAAAGCCCUGGGCAGCGGCACCGUGCAGUUCAUGGCCAAGGCCUUCCCUGAACAGCUGGUCAGCGCCCCGGCCACCAUCCACGUGUUCGCCCCACUUCGCCUGGAGCCCCGCAAUCUGACCCUGCCUGUGGGCUCUGAAUUCCAGCUGGUCUGGUCUGGAGGCCCCAUCAACAUGGCCGUCAGGUUUGACCUGGUUGAAGACGUGCCGUGCCUGUCUGUGUCGCCAAGUGGACUGGUGCAGGCACGGGGCCCACCGUGCCAGGGCCGCGUGCAGGCCGUGGCAGUGGCUUCCGGUGGCAGAGACGAGACUCUGGUGCAUGUAGUGGCCAUCAAGGAGCUGCAACUGCACUGCCCCUUGCGUGAGAUCAUCCAGGGCACAGAGGUGGCUGUGCAUGUGGAGGCCUUGGGUGGCCUGGGUCCCGAGGUGGUGUGCCUGUCGGCCGAGCUGACCCGCUCCAUGCGCUGGGUGGCUUCAGAGCACGGCCUGGUGUCCCUAGUGGCACCCCUGACAAAAGAUGCGCCUCCCGACAGAUUGUGCGUGGCCCACGUACGCGCCCUCCUGCCGGGGCAUCUGGAGCUGCGCCUUCAGUGGCGAAACCGCACCGCUGCAGUUUUGCCCCUCGAGGUGGUCCCACAUGCAAAACUUCUAGUGCCAGCUCUGGCCCAGCCUGAGUCUCUGGUUUUGGGUCCUGGAGCCCAGCUGGCCCUCGAAGUGUCUGGGGAGCCAUCCUUAGAGCCCAAUGGCAUGGCUGUGCGAUUGGAACGACAACCCCCAGUGCUGCAUGCCCUGUUGGCCCCUGGCUCCGCCCUGCUCUCGGUCCGACGGAAGUCCCAGCGGCGCAUCUACCUGGUCCAGGUGGACACUGUGGCGUACGCUCUGGUGCGGCCAGUUGGUGGUGAACCUUGGAGCGCCGUCGAUGCGCCCCUGUCUUUGCCCGUUGGUCUGGAGCUUUUGGUGGAGGUGUUGCUUUACAACAGCCUCGGCCAGCGCUUUCACGCGACCAACCUCACCAUGGAGGCCCACAGCUCCCGGAGUGACCUUGUGUCGGUGGAGGAGCAGGAUGGCGACAAUUGUCGCUGGAAGCUGCGCGUGCGUGGUGCUGGCUGGACGCUGGUACACUGGUCAGUCAGUGGCAGCAGCGAUGCCGAGGUUCUACUGCCCCUGUCGUCUGUGGCCAAGGACGACCUGGCGUCGCUGCUCGUUGGCGAGCGCUUUUGGCUGCAGGGGCCAUUUGCUGCCGGCCACUGGGUCGCCGAGCAUGGUCCCCUGCGGAUCACAUCGGCUGCGCCCGGCUGUGCGCUGGCUCACAUGGUGCUGCCUGGUGGACGUGGCUUGGCCCUGUGGACGGGUUCGCCCCAGGGCCAGCUUCGGCGCGCUUUGGAGGCGCAGCCACCCACUAGAGUGCACCUGGAGAUUCCCAGCCUUCUGAAGCAGGAGGGCAUGCCCCUGCUUCUUCCAACUGGCCAGGAGCGCUUGCUGUUUGUACACUUCAAUGGGCGCACCUCCAGCAUUCAUGGGGAACCUUGCACAACGGUGCUCACUUUGGAGGAGCAGGAAGAUUAUGAUUCACCCUUCACCUGCUGGGUGCGCCAUAAGAACGGCACAGAUGCUACGCCGGACCUGCUGGAAGUGUCGGCAGGCUUCAGCUUGGCCUAUGGUGGUCACUGGUGCCGGGUGCGGAGUGUCGCAGAACCAGUUGAGCUAGAGCUCCCUCUGCUGGUGGGUGUCAGUCUGCCAGCCAAAGGAGGAGAGUCUGAGCCGGUCCCCCUGUCACUGGUAGCGCCUAUCCAGCUCGUUCGCGUGGAAGCCGUUGGAAGCCUAGUUCAACUGGUCUACCUGGCCGGUCCUAGCGUGGCCUCCAUGGUCCAGAUUCGGCGACCAGACGGCGUUCAGAUAGCCCCCCACAAGGCACCUGAGCAGAUUGGUGAAACUAGCCACUGGAAGAUGACGCUAAGGGCACCCUCGCACACUUCGUGGCUGGCAUUGGAAAGUCCAAGCACAGGGCAGAGGUUGCGUGUGCCUUUGGAGAAGUACAGCUUAGGGCACGAGAGUGCAUGGAGCAACUGGCUGCAAAACAUACUCUUUGUUGUUGCGGCAGCGGCUGGAGGUUUCUACUAUGUGUUCUACUAUCAGCGCGCCCCUGCCGAGCGCCCGCUGGGCGCUACUGCAGCAUCUCCGCCUCCAAAUAUCAUGACAGCUGCUCUCAGGUCACAUGACCAUCCGCAGCGGUCGCCAAGCGGAGUGCUGCCUUACAUCGGCCAGACUGAGCCGGUGCGCCUGUGGAGCAGGCUGGACAGCAGCAACAGCUGGUCCGCACCCCGCACACCGUCGGAACAGCCCAGCACAACCUAGCCAAACUCGCCAAAGUCAGCUUAAGCCUUCAGAGUUUAAGCCAAGGAACUGUGCCGCAAAGGCAGGGAUACUAGGGUUCAUUUAUAUUUAAUUGUAAUUGCAAGUAAGGGCAGCUUAUGUGGAGUGGCAGUGUGGCCAGCUGGUGGACUCACUUUGACCAGCCACAAUUCCUCAGGAACCAAACGGAGGUUGCGCUUGGUCAACCCAGUUUUGUGACUUUAGCGUUGUGAUUACCGUUAGUAUUAGUAUAACGCAGCUACAGUUGCGUGUCACUAGCAGUUUGGCGAGAGCAUUGGUUAGUUACUUUGUCCACUUGCGACAAUUCAACUCCAAGACAGCAAAUGAAGUUGUCUGGCCUUCAACUUACUGCCAUUAUUGUUUAAGCAUGAAUGAAGUGUACGUUUUUGGUUUUGUUGUUUGCAAUGUUAAUAAAUGAGGCAAGGAUGCUCA